AUGACCCCAACAAGCUGGCUUCCACCCAACACGAGCCUUCAUCCAUCGCCGCCGUUGCCGCCCAACCUCUACUCUCCAAACCCUAUCAACUACUUUGAGACGCCCAUCGCCUCCAUCUCCGGACACGAACAAGAACAAGAAGACCAAUCACAGUACCUUCAAAUCUCCUACAGUUACGACCCUCGCUCCAUUAUAGACUUGCCUUUUAUCCUUCUGUUUGGUCUCCUCGUUCUCUCAGCCGCGAUGCCUCGCCGUGGAGAGGAAGAGUACGGCGGCCUGGACCCGUACGAAGAGGAGGGCCGCCGCGGCAAGCGGCGUCGGAAGUCUGUGUCCGAUUUCUUCGAGGAGGAAGCCCAUGAGGACAGCGACGGCGAAGAAGAGGAGGAUGAAUACGAAGGGGAAGAGGAUUUUAUCGACUCUGGGGAUGGAACGCCUCACGAGGAUGAUAGACGGGACAAUCGACAUAGUCCGAUCCCUCUGAAUGUAAGGUAUGAAGAAGAAGAAGAAGAUAUUGAAGAAAUGGAGAGGCGGAUUUUGGAGAGAUAUUCCAACGACUCGAAAGUCGAGUACGGUGGUGAUGAGGGGCCAGCGUACAGGGAACAGCCAGGCCCGCUGCCUUCUCUUUUCGGCCCGAAAAUGUGGUUGGUGAAGUGCAAGAUUGGGUGUGAAAGGGAGCUGGCCAUACGCCUCAUGCAGAAGUCCAUUGAUGUAGGAAGUGAAAUGAAAAUCUUUUCUGCUAUAGCACUUGAUCACCUCAAGGGCUUCAUAUACGUUGAGGCCAAGAAAGAAGUCCAUGUGAAGGAGGCUGUUACGGGUAUGCAAAAUAUAUACCCACGCAAUAUGUUGUUUGUCCCGAUGCACGAGAUGACCGAUGUUCUUUCGGUACAAAGUGAAGCACUUGAUAUUUCUAGUAAUAUUUGGGUCAGAGUGAAGACUGGGAUGUAUCAAGGAGAUCUUGCAAAGGUUGUCAUUGUUGAUAGCGGGAGGCAGAGAGCAAAAGUGAAAUUAAUUCCGAGGAUUGAUAUGCAGGCCCUGGCUGACAAAAUGGAAGGAAGACAAGUUCCAAGGAAGAAGUCAUUUAUUCCACCUGCACGACUUAUGAAUAUUAACGAAGCUAGAGCACUGGACAUUCAUGUGGAGCGUAAACGAGAUCAAGCUACCGGUGAUUAUUUCGACAAAAUUGGGGGGCUGAUGUUUAAAAAUGGAUUCUUGUAUAAAAGUUUCUCACUAAAAUCGCUCGUCACGAACAAAGUGCAGCCAACUUUCGAUGAAGUCGAGAAAUUCAGGCGGCACGGUGAGGCUACCGAUAGUGACAUGUCGAAUCUAUUGGCACCCAGAAACAAAACACACUUCAUAAAGGGCGAUACGGUGAUUGUUGUCAAAGGAGAUCUUAGAAAUUUGAAAGGAGUUGUGGAAAAAGUUCAAGAAGAUAUCGUUCAUGUUAAACCUAAUUCAAAAGCCUUUUCUAAAACUCUUGCUAUCAAUAACAAGGAGCUUUGCAAGUGCUUUGAACCUGGGGACCAUGUAAAGGUUGUGUUUGGUGCUACUGAAGGCAUAACUGGUUUAGUGGUCUCGUUUGAGGGUCAUGCAGUGACCAUAGUAUCAGAUACAACAAAAGAAUUGGUAUCAUGUGAUUAUCAUUUAACUUGCGAAAGUAAAAUAUUUGUCGGUGGUAUGAGUUGUAAAUUAUUUGGAUGCAUCCGAAAUAUUGUAUUGUUUGAAGUUGUUUUUUUUUGUGCUUUUCAGGUUCUUAAAGGUGCCCAGGGAAGGUCCGUUGUUGCCGUUGUGAGAUUAAGGGAGAUUAAGAACAAGAUUUACCAGCAUUGUUUCGCAAAGGAUCGCUUCACAAACGCAUUAUAUGUGAAGGAUAUUGUUAAGAUUCUCGACGGUCCAUGCAAGGGGAAACAGGGCAGGAUUGAGCAUAUAUACAGAGGAGUCCUGUUUAUUUACGACCGCUACCACCAUGUACAUGGCGGUUAUAUGUGCGUUAAAUCCGAGUCUUGUGUCAUGAUUGGUGGAUCACUCUCCAAAAGUGAUAUAAAUGGUAACACAACGACCUCAAGAGUUGCGAAUUUUAGAACUCCUUCUCGAGUACCACAAUAUAAUGCAGGACCACCUUCCAGAGGUACUCAUACGAAUCCUGGAUUAAGGCAUGAGGUCGGAAAUAGUCAUAAUUCUUUAGUGGGAGCUUUUGUGAAAAUUCGCCUCGGCAAUUAUAAGGGAUACAAGGGACGUGUGGUGGAGGUUAAAGCUCCUACUGUCCGGGUCGAAUUAGAGUCGCAGAUGAAAGUUGUCACGGUUGAUCGCAAUCAUAUUUCAGACAAUUUUAACGUCUCUGCACCAAUCAGAUACGAUGUGCGAAGUGAAACGCCAAUGCAGCCUCCUCGAACUCCAUUACGUCAGAAUAUGACUCCCAUGAGAGACUCUAAUUCCUAUCCACGUCAUUAUGGGAUGAGGACACCAAUGCAUAACCGAGCUUGGAUUCCCUUCACGCCAACGAGGGAAAGUGGUCUUUCUUCUACCUCGGUAAAAUAG